AUGGAUCCUGAAGGUGGCCGUAAUGGAAGAGCAGAGAAGAACUUCUUGAAAAUGGGCAAAAAAAGUAAAAAAGAGAAGAAAGAAAAGAAACCAACUGUCAGUACGUUUGCAAUGUUUCGCUACUCAAAUUGGCUUGAUAAGUUGUAUAUGUUGGUGGGGACAAUGGCUGCCAUCAUCCAUGGAGCUGCACUCCCCCUCAUGAUGCUGGUGUUUGGAGACAUGACAGAUAGCUUUGCAAAUGCAAGCAUUCCAGGAAACAUAACUUUCAUAAACGCAACUAAUGGAAGUAAUCCAAAUGAAGCAUCUUUCUUCAACAUUCUGGAGGCGGAAAUGACCACGUAUGCCUAUUAUUACAGUGGGAUCGGGGCUGGAGUGCUGGUGGCUGCUUACAUCCAGGUGUCCUUCUGGUGCCUGGCUGCUGGAAGACAGAUACUCACGAUUAGGAAACAGUUUUUUCAUGCUAUCAUGCGACAGGAGAUUGGCUGGUUUGAUGUCCAUGACGUGGGGGAGCUUAACACCCGGCUCACGGAUGAUGUCUCCAAAAUCAACGAAGGAAUUGGUGACAAAAUUGGAAUGUUCUUUCAGUCAAUAGCAACAUUUUUCAUCGGUUUUAUAGUGGGAUUUACACGUGGUUGGAAGCUAACCCUUGUGAUCUUGGCCAUCAGUCCUGUUCUUGGACUGUCAGCUGCUAUCUGGGCAAAG